AUGCAGCCAUACCGCCCUGCUUCCCCUCCGGGGUCGCCUACAGAUGUGAAGAAAGAGUCCCACAUCGGCUUCCAGCCCGCCUCUGCGCAGGCGCGUAUCGCUGGUGAUGCGGCUGUCCGUGACUACGAGGCCAAGCAGCAGAAGCUUUCCGAUGCCAUCGACGCGACCAAGUACCUCGUCGCCGAUAUCAAGAACUUCAACCAUGAGCAGUGGAAGAUUCGUUAUCCUCACUUUGCACAAGUUCCAACAGUGCCGGGGAGGAAAGCUGCGCGCCCUGGUCUUGGGCGUAGAACGCUCACAUUCGCAGACGAGCCAGCAAAGGAGACUGAGGUUGUUGUCACGUCACAGCAAGGGCCAAACCGCCAUCAGUUGAAGCGCUCUGUGUCGUUCCUGCCGUCGCCGCGAGAGAGCCCAACAUCGUCAGAGACCUCAACUCCCAUGUCGGAGGAGCCGGAGUCGCUGUCUCCAGAGGCAACUCCUUCCAAUGAGGAGUUUACGAUUCUCAAUCUCGACCUCAACCUUGGCGCGACUCGCCAUGCGAAGGCUCUCAUCUCUCAGCUUGAGCGGUCGUCAAUCUCUGCUCUCCUUGACAACCGCCUCAUUGCCACCCUCACACACCUCGAUCUGCUCCACGCCCGCAUCCACGAUGCACACUCUCGCGUGCUAAUCACUGGCGAUCUCAACGCAGGCAAGUCGACUUUGGUAAACGCACUUUUGCGUCGCUCUGAGGUUAUGCCUACCGACCAGCAGCCUCUGACGACGCGCUUUGUCGAAGUUGUCAGUGCUCGGGAGAACGGUGACAAGGAGGAGAUCCACAUCCUCGACUCGCCCGCAAAAUACAACCCCGAGGAUGCCUCGACAUACAAAGCCGUGCCGAUCGAGCAGCUCGAGGAGCUGUCCACAGACUAUGACUGUGACUCGUCCGCUCCUCCUCUCCGUGUUUUCCUCCGCGAGAACACGGAGACCACCUCACCAUCCAUCCUUCACAACGGCGUUGUCGACAUUUCGCUCAUCGACGCACCGGGUCUCAACCGUGAUUCGAUCAAGACGACUGCCAACUUUGCGCGCCAGGAGGAGAUUGACGUGGUUGUGUUUGUGGUGUCGGCUGCCAACCACUUUACGCUCUCGGCCAAGGAGUUUAUCUGGCAGGCGAGCCACGAGAAAGCACACCUCUUCAUCGUCGUCAACCGCUUCGACCAAAUCAAGGACAAGGAGCGCUGCCGCCGUGCCGUCAUGGCGCAGAUUAAACAGCUUAGCCCCGAGACGUACGCAGAGGCCAAGGACCUCGUCCAUUUUGUCGACUCGGCCAAGGUUGCCUUUGGCUUUGACCAUGAGAACGACGACGGCGACGACAUUGACGAGACCUUUGCCCACUUGGAGCAGUCGCUCCGUUCGUUCGUCCUAGUGAACCGCGCAAAGUCCAAACUCGGGCCGGCCCAGAAUUACGUCACGCACUUGAUGGCGGACGUUGAGCUGCUUGCAGCCGCGAACUCUCUGGUUGCGACAAAGGAGCGUGAUGCCGCUCUUCAGGAGGUGGAGCGCGUUAAACCUGAGCUCGACCGCAUGAAGCACAGCAAGGACCUGCUCGAAGAAGGUCUCGUCACUGAGGAGGAAUCAGCAACCGGAAAGGUUGUCGCCCAGAGCCAGCAGUCUCUCCGUCUCGCCCUUGACCGUGUUGGUCGUGGGGAGUUCGCACCGGACAUUGCAGCCCCAGUCUACCCUGGUCUUCUCGGGGCUUGGGACUACGCAGUCGAGGUCCGCAAGGCUCUGCUUGCCUCCCUCGAUGUGGCAGUUCGCAACGUGGAGGACGACGCCCGCGUAGUCACUUCAGACACUGUCACACACAUUACCGAUAUCGGAGACAAGCACCUGCCAGCCGACGUCGAGAAAUGUAAGCGCGUGUUCAACCCGCAGGCAAUGUUCUACAACAAUGCGCGGAAGAACCGUCGGGUAUCAGGCCUCCAGAAUGUUGGCCUGGGACUGGUCGGCAACCCUGCGCUAUCGAAUGUCGUCGUCUCCGACAUCUUUGACUUGCAGCAUUUCUUCUGCCUCACCGAGUCGGUCCCCUCGACCGUUAGCGACAAGGUCUCCCCUCUGCGCGACCUGAUCCCAUUGAGCAAGGAAGUUUCCAGCAUUGGCGUUGCGUCGCUCGCCGUCGGAGCUUUUUCCGUGGUCGGCGGCAAGGCGAUGGCUCUGCGCACUCUUGUCGAGACUGCAAUUCACUUGUCCGACCUCGCUGCCAACCCUGUGGUUCGCAAGUGGGCCGGUCCGGCCAUCGGUGUCCUCGCGGCCGGCGCUGUCGCCUACGUCAUCUACGAGCUGCCGCGGUCUAUUCCACGCAACGUCGGACGAAACCUUCGCUCGCAGCUCCUCGUCACCUCAGGAGCGACUGAGGCGGACGACGAAUCCCCAUUCUUCGAGGCGGAGGCUCAGCGCAUCGGGCGGGAAGUACGCAAAGUCAUGCGUCUUGCCGCUUGGGACUUGCGCGAGCGCUUCCGCAUUGCCAUGGAGGCGCGCAACGAGAUUGUCCGUCAAAGCGAAGAGACGGCCAAGCAGGCUGCUCGUGCGCUUGAAUGGUUUGCAGAAAUCGAGGAGCGUGUCGACACGAUUCGCGACGAACUGGGCCUCAAGCUCUAA